ACUGUACCGUUCAGCCUGCAGGUCUCCUACCGGCCUUUAAUAUCAAAACUGUGCCAUCUUUACCAGUCUGCCCUAAAUUUGGGUUUCAAACCAAAUUUGCGCUCAUUAAAUGAUAAAACGGCUUCUCAGAGGGGGAGAAAAAGCCAGCAAACCCAGCCCGUUGUCAGUUGCUGUGGGGUGGGGGGUGAUGAGGUCCAUUCAGAGGAGCCGCACGUGGUUCAGAUCCAGACUAAAAAGCGGAGCCACGGAGCCCGUGACAGCCAGAGGCUUCCAGAGCUGCACCAUGUCUCUGUACCGCAACUCCGCCUGGUUCCUGAAGGGCCUGACCGAGUUCACCAGGAAUGGCUUCCUGUCGGCAUCCAAGCGCUUCGUGGAGAAGGACCUGGAGGUGUCCGUGGCCGGGCGCUCCUUCAUGAUCACGGGAGCCAAUAGCGGCAUCGGCAGGGCCACCGCCAUGGCCAUAGCAAAGAAAGGAGGAACGGUCCACAUGGUGUGCAGGAAUAAGGACAAGGCCGAGGAGGCGAGGGCCGACAUCGUCAAGGAGUCAGGAAACAAGGAGAUCUACGUCCACAUCCUGGACAUGACUGAGACCAAGAAGGUUUGGGAGUUUGCCGAGGCCUUCAAGAGGAAGUACAAGACCCUUAACGUGCUGAUCAACAAUGCGGGCUCCAUCAUGAGUCAGAGGGACGUGAACGCCGAGGGGCUCGAGAAGAGCUUUGCCAUCAAUGUCCUGGGGGUUUACAUUCUCACCAAGAGUCUCAUUCCUUUACUGGAGAAGAGUGCCGAUCCCAGAGUGAUCUUGGUGUCAUCAGGGGGGAUGUUAGUGCAGAAACUCCGGAUAGGAAACCUGCAAUCGGACAGAGGCCGUUUUGAUGGCACCAUGGUCUACGCCCAGCACAAAAGGCAGCAGGUUGUGAUAACAGAGCAAAUGGCAAAGACUCACACCAACAUUCACUUCUCGGUCAUGCACCCCGGCUGGGUGGACACUCCAGCGGUGGCCAACGCCAUGCCCGACUUCCAUCGCUCCAUGAAGGAGAGCUUACGGACUCCGGAGCAGGGGGCCGACACGGUGGUGUGGCUGGCCGUCUCCGAGGCCUCCGCCAAGAACCCCAGCGGACGCUUCUACCAGGACCGGAAGAUGGUGUCCACUCACCUGCCUCUGGCCUGGACCCACAGCUCCCCCCUGGAGGAGCAGAAGUUGAUGUCGCUGCUGGAAGACUUGGCCAAGACGUUCCAGCCACACUGAGCCGGCAGGAAUAAAAUAAUAAUAAUAAUAUAAAUUGUGUUGGACAGCCGCCUCUUGAUGGCCGAUUCGCUUCUAACUGGGAAGUUUGCAGAUUUGUAACGCUUCUUAACUUAUUAUGUGACAGUGGCUUUAACCGGUUGUGAGUCCAGCUGUUGAGGAACUAGAUGUUUAACGGUACGGGUGGUUGACGGGGAUGCUGCCGCCAGAGAGAGGGGGGGGUGCUCGGUGAUCCCGCCCGAGCCACGAUGGAACCCUGACUCCAUUAGCAGUCGAUCAGAUGGGAAUCUGAUGGGAUUUGAGUCACUUUCAUUCAUUUUUCCCGCUCAGCCACGGGUUCUGCGUCUCGAUGACCUAACACGUGUCCAGUGGUGUGUGUUUAACCGCCCUGUAAAUAACCAGUGUGUGUGUGUGCGUGUUGUGUCGUAGUGUGGCCCAUGUCCAGUGGAACCCAGGCUAGAGGUGUGGUGCUCUCUCUCACAAAACACACAACCCGGCAGCCUCACCCCACACGUGAAGCCCAUUCUGUACAUUUCUGCUUUCCCUUUGUACUGUGUACUGACCGUUACUUUGACCUGAGUUCGUUUUCUGGACACUCCUGCCUGAAUAAAGAACACGCCUGCACGUUGUG